GUAAACGCUUCAUUCAAGGGCUGCCAAUCGCCGCGGCAUUCACAUAAUAGGCAGCCCGCAACCAGCGCUAGCUGCAGCGGUGAUCCGCAGCCACAGAGGAUCAGGUGCUCACAAUGCUUGCGCUGAUCGCGCUGCUGCGUUACGCGGCUGCCACAACUACGCCGGGGCCGACAGCGUCGGUCCUGCCCCAGAAAGGGACGUGCCGACGCUGGGGUCAUCCCGAGGCAGGCGAGUGGAAUAAGGACUCGGAUUGCUGCGCGAUCGACAUGCAGGCCGCGUGUGAUACUAACUACCGCUACGUGAAGAGCGACGAGGUCUGCGGCUUCAGCGGACGAUGCCGGGAGUACCGCUACUCGUGCGUCCGCUGCGAGCCGGGCGAGGCGUGCGACAGCAACUACGACGUCGCGUACGAGGACGGCGAGGAUCUGCGAGGAUCCCACUGCGAGGGUAGUCACUGGACGGCGUGCUACUUCAUCUUGCCGCUCUACAUAUUCUUCCUCGGCUACACGCUGUGGCAGGUGAAGCGCCUGUCUAAGGACGGCAAGAUGGCGGAGGCGAGGGACCUGUGGGAGACGAGCAGCAACGCCACGUUUGCCAUCGUCUUCGUCUGCCUGGUCAUGCACUUCCUCGCCCUGAUGUGGAUGAAUUUGGACUUGAUCUUAAAUCUACUCUACCUGUGCGUACUCCUCUUAGCUGUCCUCCCGAAAAUCAUGGCCUACUACGUGGAACGGUUGGUGCCGCCCGCGCCUGGGGGCGAGUCCAAUGUGCGUGUCAAGCUCGGACUUUUCCCCGCUUUUUUGGGAUUAGUGUACUUAAUUGGCGCGGUGAUAUUGUUUAUCAUCUUACUCAUCGUUUAUUUCGUGACCAUGUCGGUAACUCACGUGGAUGUUGGCGUUUGGCUCGUUUUGUGGUUUUUGCUCACCCAGUCGUGGGGUGUCGCGCUGGCUUGGCUCAUCGAUAUGCGGACGGCGCAUCGGCAAUCGCGAGCCGCAGAGCCCGUGGCCCCAAAGCCGGUGGCGGAGCAAUCGCGUCCGACGGUUCGGCAGCUAAACAAAAGGUUUGCAAGCUGGGUUGAGACGAGCUCAGAAUCGGCCCAUGCCGUGUUGUUCUCGUCGCUUGGCCUUUGGCUAUCGCCGCACUUUCAAGUGGGGCUUGAAAUGCUGAUUGGGUUAGUCAUGAUUAUUGCGAUAAUUGGUCUCUUGUUUGUUGCGUUUUUUAAACUUGCUCUCUGCGCGGCUUUGCUGAUGGUAGGAUUUGCACUUCUGGCCACGGCGCACUUAUUGUCCAUGGGACGACGGUUUGCGGCGCGGAUGUUACUAUUUGCUGCAAUCUUAGCGAACGGGGCGGUGGGCAUCAGAGAAGGUGUCGUCUUGCUGGGGCGGGGGCGGUCCGGGUACAUUGUUGCGGAUUUGAUCAUAGAUCGUCUCAUGUCUCUCGCUUGGGCCACCAUCGUGUGCUUAUUUCCGCGGUGGCAUUCGUUUCGAGUUACCUUGGCUUAUGUCCUCGGUUAUUUUUACCAUAAGUGCUUAAUUUGGGGCUUGUUCUACGCGAAGCGGCAAAGUGUCCACCUGCAAAAUAUAUUUUACUCUUGGUGUUUCCUAAGCGGGGGAGCGGUCGCAUGCAUUGUGCUAGUGGAGCUCAAAUACAGAGGGACGCUCCGACACGCGCACGAGAUGGCCCGCGCCGACGCCAGCUCCUACGACGAAAUCUGGAAGACCUUCGUCGCGGACGAGACGAAACUCAGAGCGCUCUCGGGCCUGGUCGACGCGUACAAAGCUGCCAUGGCCGGCGCGGAGAAGCGGAGCAAGCGCCAGGCGGCAGCGAGCGUGGGCGCGCUCUUUGAAGAUGCCUACGUGCUCCAGCCGCUCGUUGUCGCGAAGGCGGAGGCUAUCGGUGGCGACGCAGGCGCCGUCGUGUACGGAUCAACGAAGACCGUGGCGCGCGCGUUCCAGAAGGCGUGGCGGUCGUACGGAGGCGACUACCGAAGGCUCUGCGACGUCGUGCGGGUGUCCAUCGCGUUCGAAACUAUCGACGAACUGACGGCAUGCCUCGAGCGCAUCGUCGCGGACGACGAACUCGAGCUCGUCCCGCAGGGCCUCGAGAAGUGUCGCUUCGAUCCGGAAUAUGAUCCAUACGCCGGCCAAUUCGUCGGCUACCGGGACCUGCAGCUCGGCGCGAGGUUUCGGUCGGAGGCGACGCGGAAACAGGGUCUCGACCAACAUGUCGUCGAGAUACAGCUCCACUUGCGGGUGUUCGAGGCCAUCAAGCGGGGACACGUGACUGUCGGGUUGCCCGUCAACACAACAAAUCUGGCGGACUGGCGGAUGGGGAGCGGCCACAGGACGUACGUGUCCUGUCGCAACCUGAGAUGUAGCUAGCACUCGCUCCUUCCUUUUGACAUUUCUCCGUUCCCCGCGUUUCUUCUAACAAUGUUUUAACUUA